CCUUCGUUCCUAUUGGUCUGUGUUAUCCCCGCGGAUCAGUGGUAGCUUCUGCACCUUGGAAGGAAGGACUAAAGAUGGCGAAGACGUACGACUACCUGUUCAAGCUGCUGCUGAUCGGAGACAGCGGAGUGGGGAAGACAUGCCUGCUUUUCAGGUUUAGUGAAGACGCCUUCAACACAACGUUCAUCUCAACAAUCGGCAUAGACUUUAAGAUCCGCACCAUAGAAUUAGAUGGAAAGAAGAUUAAGCUUCAGAUUUGGGACACAGCAGGGCAAGAGCGAUUUCGUACAAUCACUACUGCGUACUACAGAGGGGCAAUGGGCAUCAUGUUGGUGUAUGAUAUAACCAAUGAAAAGUCAUUUGACAACAUAAAAAACUGGAUAAGAAACAUAGAAGAACAUGCCUCCUCGGAUGUAGAGCGGAUGAUUCUUGGCAAUAAAUGUGACAUGAAUGACAAGAGACAAGUAUCACGAGAGAGAGGGGAGAAGCUUGCCAUUGAUUAUGGGAUAAAAUUCCUUGAGACCAGUGCAAAGUCCAGCAUCAAUGUGGAAGAGGCAUUUUUCACGCUUGGACGAGACAUCAUGACAAAGCUUAACAGAAAAAUGAAUGAAAGCAGCUCGCCCAGCGGAGGCGGUCCCGUUAAAAUCACUGAGAAGUCAUCCAAGAAAAGCAGUUUCUUUCGUUGUGUGUUACUCUGAUGAACUGAAACACAAACUGGGGUAUAGACUGAGGCACACCUGAUCUAAGAGCUUCAGGCCAAGCACAGGUGCUGCAAAGGCUUGUAAAGGGAAAAAAUGCUGUUUGCUGAAAGCACCGGACAUGGAUUUCUGGAUUGGAAGAUUAUUUCGGAAAGUUCGGCUCCUUACUCUUUCCUAAAGAAAAACAGGAACAAGCAGACGAGUGUAAAAACUUUUUAUUUUUUUUUUGGUCCCUUUACAUUAUAUGCCUAGGUUUUUGCCCAGCAUUUGGAUCCACACAAAAGCCACAGCCUGAAGGAAAUGGUGGCUUUUCAAUUUUUUUUUUUUUUUUAAUGUCUAACGUUCUUAAUGUCUUUAAAAAUGUUUAUUUGCAUCAGCUUUUAACAUCUAAAAAAAUCAUGGAAGAAACAAGGUUUUAAUCUGAUUUUGUUUUUAAUGCAUUUAAACCCUCCAUGUUGCAUUAAUGGAAGGUUACAUAGUGAAGUGUUACGCCCCAUCUGUGAAACGUGUGAACAAAAAAUAGGAUUCCAGGUUCAGACCUGUAUGUUGUGUGAUAUUGCCAAGUUAUGUCGCAUACAUGCGCUACUAAAAUAAUGGAAAGAAAUUCUACCUAGACAGAAGAAUGUCAAGUAGAGCAACCCUGAGCAAUUGAGACCCAGGCCUCUUGAUGUCAUUACUGCCUUUUGAUUUUAAAGUCAAACAAAAUUUUAAAACUGCUCCUGUCGUGAGAUCCCACUCAUUUGUAUUACUAUUCUGCCACUGAAAUCCUCACUCCCAUCAAACACUGCUGUGCCUUGUCAUUUACAUCAUAAAAGUUGUUCACGUUGGCUAAAA